AUGAGACUGUUUGCGUUGCAUCCCCGCGACGCGUUGCGCCGGGCCGGCACGCGAGGCAUUCACCACAGCGUGACCGUCGGCCGCAUCAGGACCCAUGGCCUCCUCGUCCACAGGCGGCCAACGCUGUCGCGUCAGUCGCAGCACGGCUUCUUUACCGCGAGGGAGAAGAUCCCGACCAAGAAGAAGUCCAUCCCCGUCGCCCUGCUCACAGGCGGCUUACUCGUGUGGUGGCUGUACCCCUCGGAGGAAUUCGAGCGCCUGUCGCUCGCCGAAGAGGACAGGGAGAACAAGAUCCGCGACCGACAGGCCGGGAAAGUAAACGGCGGCUCCAACGGCGCCGCGUGGUACAAUUUCACCCUCAAGUUCCAGACCUUGUCCGAUGCUACCGACAUUGAAUGGAGUGCCGAUAAGAUUGUCGGCUUCAUUCUGCCAGAAUGGUCCAGGUUGAUUCCUGGAUACAUUCGGAAACUCCAGAGAGAGCUAUCCAUGGCACCUGGAUCUCUGGCCGAUGAAAUAUGGCGAGAAGCCCACGACCCUUUCGUCAACCCUGAAGUGCAAUAUGCCGCUAAUGUCAGGGUCUCCAACGAUCUUUGCGAGGAGGAAAAGGAGUUUUUGGCGAGGAGAAAGAGGGUCACGACCAUGGCCUUGGCCAAAUACUUAGAACUUGACGAAAAGGACGUACAUCCGGAAGACGUCCCGACUAUCGCUAUGUGCGGCUCCGGAGGAGGUCUCAGGGCCCUCGUUGCUGGCACCGGAUCUAUGCUUGCCGCCGAUGAAGACGGCCUUUUCGACUGCGUAACCUACACCUCCGGCGUGAGCGGCUCCUGUUGGCUGCAGGUACUGUAUCACUCGUCCAUUUCGGAGGGCAGCCUUGGUCGCGUCCUGCAACACCUCAAGGCUCGAGCCGGCGUUCACAUCGCCUACCCGCCCGUGGCCUUUCAAACUCUGCUCUCUGCGCCCACGAGCAAGUAUCUUCUUAGCGGUCUCGUCGAAAAGCUCAAGGGCGACCCGGGUGCUGACUUUGGUCUUGUCGAUGUCUACGGCCUUCUCUUGGCGGCAAGAUACUUGGUCCCCAAAGGCGACCUGGAGGUAAACGAUCGAGACUUUAAGCUCUCAAACCAGCGCGACUAUGUCAAAUACGGCCAGAACCCACUCCCAAUCUAUACGGCCGUCCGCCAUGAGAUCCCCGACAUCGACCUUGACGGGAGCGGCGAGGUCCCUUCUACCUCGGAUGCGGCUAAAGAAGUUGCCAAGAAGGAGGCCUGGUUUCAGUGGUUCGAAAUCACACCUUACGAGUUCUUCUGUGAAGAGUUCCAGGCUGGCAUUCCUACCUGGGCUAUGGGGCGGCGCUUCAAGAACGGCGUCGACGUGCCCCCCGAAGAAGGGUUUCACCUCCCCGAGACGCGCAUGCCCUUCCUCCUCGGCGUCUUCGGCAGCGCCUUCUGUGCGACCCUGAGUCACUAUUAUAACGAGGUUCGUCCCCUCGUUCAGAGCAUCGCCGGAUUCAGCUCCUUGGACGGCAUGAUCAGCGGCUACAACGAGGACCUCAGCAAAGUCCACCCCAUCGACCCCGGAACGGUUGCGAACUUCGUCUACGGCAUGGAAGAAAAACUCCCCAAGACGACACCGCAGAGCGCAUGCAGAUCAGAAUACAUCCAGCUCAUGGAUGCCGGCAUGUCCAACAACCUUCCCAUUUACCCGCUCCUUCGCCCUGGCCGAGACGUCGACGUUGUCGUGGCAUUCGACGCAUCGGCCGACAUCAAGACCGACAACUGGCUCGCUGUCGCCGAUGGCUACGCCCGCCAGCGCGGCAUCAAGGGCUGGCCCGUCGGCGUCGGCUGGCCCAAGGCAGGGGAGUCCCCGAAACAGGUCCGUGAUGAGCUGAUAGAGUCCGAAGCCGCGUCCGCGAAAGAUGCAGACCAGAAACUGCGCGAUGCCAAGAAGUUCCAGCGCGAGCACGAGACCAAAGAGAGCAAUCCAAACGAAGACACGGAGCGGGGGCAGGCAGCCAAGUUCUCCCCCGGCGACGAAGAAGCGGGCGAGCUCGGCUACUGCACGGUCUGGGUCGGCACAACCCAAGAGCGCGUGUCGGAGCCCCCGCCUCCGUCGAAGGCCAUCACCGAGGCCAACCAUUGGCAGAUCAUGGAGCCCGACGCCGGCAUCGCUAUCAUCUACCUCCCCUAUCUCGCGAACCCUCAAGUCCCUGGCGUCAACCCGGGCACGACCGACUUCCUGAGCACCUGGAACUUCGUCUACACACCAGAACAGAUCGAGCAGGUCGCCGCGCUGGCGCGAGCCAAUUACGCCGAGGGGCGAGAACAGAUCCGUGGCACAGUGCGGGCCGUAUACGAGCGCAAGAAGAAGCUCAGGCUCGAUCGGGAGGAGAAGUCCCGCAGGGACCGGUACAGGAAGUUGGUGAGGCAGGGGAUGGCACACAAGCUGGGCGAGGGUGAUCAGUUUAGCUGA